CCACGCCCUCGCCUAGAUAUCGCAGAGCGUCGGUCUGCUGUCUCUACGGGGGAGGGAGGAACGGCUGUGCUGUAGUUAAAUGGCAUUUUAUUAAACUUUCGUACACUUAUGGGACUUCUUACUGCCAUGGCAUUCUGCCAUUUUUUUUGCAUUUGCUGAGUCAAUCACUCAUUCACGACACGACAAUUAUGUUACGAACGCAGUGAUCUGUAUUGGCUUGGCAGAUAAAGAUUAGUUGCUAGCAUGCUAGCGAGUUAGUCAGUGAUCCGUUCACUCAGCAUAGCACAGCGGCCACACCUGUUAGUGACAGUGUGGUUACAGAUUCUUAGGGAGACAUGGGGAAACUACAGAGCAAGUUUCGAAAGAGGUCUGACCUCUUCAGAGCAUCUCAGGGGGAAAUGCUUGACAGUACUCUCAACAGUAAGGUCAUACAGUAUGAACCUGCUCAUCAAGGAUCUAUCAACAGUGUCACAAACCUCAGCCCUGAUCUGUGCGUUUCUGGUGGAAGUGAUCAGGUCGUCGUGGUUUAUGACUGGAAACAAGGCAGUAUGUGUCAGUCCUUCCAGGGUCACAACAGAGAGGUUACCAAGGUGGUGUGUUAUCCAGGCAGUACUUGGAUCUUUAGUGCCUCAAGGGACAAGACUGUUCUAAUGUGGGACUUAAACCAAGGCGAUGAACCCAUCCAGGAGUUUUGUGGGCAUGAGUUGGUGGUUAAUGGUGUCGCAGUUAGCCCUGUAGAUGGUAGAAAGCUGUGCACCGGCUCCCGUGACAACUGGAUGUGCCUGUGGGAUAUAGAAUCUGCAAAAUGUGAACAAAGGCACAACAUCUCUAGAAACCUGGUGACUCAUGUGUGUUGGGUGCCAGGUAGCUCUUCUGUUGUCCAGACUUCUGAGGACAAGACCAUAAGGGUGUGGGACAGCCGUGCAUGGCAGGUGACAAAUACUUUUCCAGCCAAGCAGUAUAUUCAAACCCACUGUGAUGUUUCUCCAAAUGGAAAUUAUUUGGUGUCCAGCAGCAACGGCUUUGGUGGACAGGGCUGUGAAGCCACGCUGUGGGACCUUCGUCAGCCUGGAUGUAAGGUGGUGGAGUACAGAGGUCACCUGCAAACCACAGCCUGUUGUGUGUUUCUACCGACGCCCCCUGGUGGCACACCUCAGGUAGCAACGUCAUCCCACGACAGCUCCAUCAAAAUCUGGGAUCAGAACACAGCAGCUUGUUUUGCAACAUUGUCUCUGGACGGUGCUGGUCCAUUGGUUUCUCUCGCUCCGAGUGACUCCAAUAAUUUUCUGUGUGCCAGCUUUAACAAUGGGCUCAACCAUAUCCUGGUCGGUCAAGCACCAGACAAGCUCCUCACUUGUGGAACAGGUCCAGGUAUGACCAGUGGAUUGGACAUUAGGGUUGUGGCCCGUUUCUGACACCACUAGUUUGAAACAAAUCAAUGAACUGUGAACUGCUAGUGACUGAUUCAUUAUGCACUAGUACACAAUGUGAAAAUAGAUGUCAGAUAUACACUAAAAUGUUUUAAAACAGCUUUACUAAACUGCCAUACAUGGCAUUAUUUUUUGAGACUAUUAACAAUGGCUUCAUAAUACAUUUGUUGGGCUUUCGUUAAUGUGUAAUAAGAGUUUAUGAGCCCAUAUUUGUAUAAAUACAAACACAUUGGAAUGUCAAAUAUUCUUGGAACAUAAGUACCAUCUUUUGCCAUAAUAACUGCCAAUUAUGUCAAAAUACCUAACGCAAAGAGAAUAUUUGUUAUGCUAUUUUUUUUUUUAGAAAAUGUUUUGAUACUAAUGUACUUCAGCAGCAAAAAGUGGUUAAAAAGAAAUAUCUGAUGUUUGGCAAACGUCUUAACAGUGCAGGAAAUCGCUUGUUGGACAGAUGUAAUUAGCAGACUAUUGUAAUUUAGGCUGAAUUUGCACAAGAAAAAUAGAUUAUUUUUUUAUUUAGUUUAUAUAUAU